AUGUGGGCGAGCCACCUCAAGUGCCCCGCCGAUGGGGGCAAGCUGAUGGGCGCCGGCCUCUACGAGAUCGUCCGGAGGGUCUCGGACAGGAGCGGGUGGUACUACAUGGCCACAGAGGGCCUUCAGUGCCCCUCCAGCGGCAAAAAGGUGGCGGGCUGGUCGCAGGAAAUCCUGGAGCAGCUGGACGUUGCUCACCGCAACCAGUUUGUCCAUGCCGCUGACCACAGCCAAGCGGUCAAGUUGGUCAACGUGCGAAAGGGCAUCACAUUCAUUUCUUCCCAUUUUGUUUUCACAGGCUAUAGCAAUCCAGGGGGAUUUGAUGUCCUGGUAUCGAGCCGCAGCAGACUCGAUGUGUCUGGGGACCUCGCAUUCCCCCGUAGGGUCCCUAGGAACACGGACAAGCUGACCAUAGCGCAAGUCUUGAAUUUGGGUCCCAGGCAGAGGGUGGGCGUGAUCGAGGUCAGGGUGGUGCAGAUCCAAGGAGCGCCGGUGGAGCUCAAAUGCUUUGAGGUGUGCGAUGGGACGGGACAGACGGCAUCGACUGUGUGGGACCGGCUGAUCCUAUCUGUGCAGGUGGGGAAGUGCUACUCUUUUCAGGCUUUGAGCACCAGGAAGGACGCUAACCGGACAGUGUUGACCACCACACCCUCCUCAGUCGUCACCCUCAUUGCGGGUAUUGGGCAGCCAUCUUCCCUUCUUUUGAUGGCCGUGAAGGCUAAGGAGACUCUGCGUGGGCUGGUGUCUGCGGUCAACACCAUUGCAAAGCCCAGGUGCCCGAGAUGCCACACCGGCCAGGACAACCUGGGUGUGAAGCUGUCCACUCACCGUUGCGAGCGCUGCUCCAUGCACCAGCACACAGCCUCGUACUUGGUGACGUACUCUGGUAAGCUAAUUGUGGUAGCAAGAGAUGGGGAGGAGUGCUCAAUGGUCCUGACCAACUCAGCGGUGUCUGAGUUUGUCAGGGCUCAAGUACUAUUAACUUCUGCCCAUGAUGCUCAAGCCCUGGAGGAAAUAAUAAUUGCAAUGCCUGAGCUGGAGGUGACAUUCAGUUCUGAAGGGCUGGUUGAGCGCUUGGCUCCUCCUGCUGUUGCUGAGGCCACAGUUCACAGCGGCCAGGGCAAUGUCCCAGAUGCGGAGGAGGCGUCGACCUCCUAUGUAAGGGACUCUGAGGCUGUGCCUCAUGUGGAUGAUGAGGGCCUGGCAGAAUUGUUUGACAAGCAUCGACAUUAACCUUUGUUGUGUGGUUUUGUGUUGC